AUGUUAUCAAGGGCCAUAUUCAGAAAUCCAGUCAUAAAUAGGACUUUAUUGAGAGCCAGACCUGGCGCUUACUCCGCAAUUAGAUUGACUAGAAACUCAUUGAUUCAAAGCAGGAAGUAUUCUGAUGCACAUGACGAAGAGACCUUUGAGGAAUUUACCGCAAGAUACGAAAAGGAGUUCGAUGAAGCCUAUGAUUUGUUCGAAGUGCAAAGAGUGCUAAACAACUGUUUUUCUUAUGAUUUAGUUCCUGCUCCCGCAGUUAUUGAAAAGGCUUUGAGGGCCGCCAGAAGAGUCAAUGACUUGCCUACCGCAAUUAGAGUAUUUGAGGCUUUGAAAUACAAGGUGGAAAACGAAGACCAAUACAAGGCCUAUUUGGAUGAAUUGAAGGAUGUCAGACAAGAAUUGGGCGUUCCCUUAAAGGAAGAACUAUUUACAAGCUCUUCUUAA